UUUCACCACUGUGUUCACUCCAAAUGAAUGUCUUCUGAGUACCAGAGGAGGACUCACCAUGUGGCUAAAAGGUUUUAUAAGUAACCAUGUCAACAUGAAACUUCUGAAGACCUGUGUCAUCCUUCUCCUUCUGACUGUGUUGUUCUUUACACUAAGAAACAUGGACCUGCUGCAGCUGAAUUAUAAAGAAAACUCUGCCAUCAUCAACAAGAAAGUGACCUCUACUCAGCCCACUGUUCCUCCCACUGCUCCUCCCACUGCUCCUCCCACUGCUCCUCCAGUGCCUGACAACUUCUGCACCUUCAAGCCACUGUCUUCUGCAGAUGCUGAGGAGGAACGUCUCAUAUUGGAGUCCAUUGCUUGGCCUGAAACUCCUCCUCUGCCAGCUCCUUUUUCAUUGAAUCAGACAAGUAACGCCGCCCACAGCACCUUCACCAUUCUCCCAGGGGGGGUUGGAGAUGAGCGGCAUGUAGGAGACCAGCUGGAAGUUAUGAUAAAAAUGUACGACUUCCAAGGUAACCCCAAGAAGUCUGGAGGAGAUGCAAUUGUUACCCGAUUGCACAACAGGGCACUUGAAGCAGGUGUGGCUGGACGAGUGGUGGAUCACCUUAAUGGCUCCUACUCUGCUGUAUUCUCUUUACUCUGGGAAGGAAGUGCACAGGUUGAGGUGACGCUUGUCCACUCAAGCGAGGCUAUCACAGUCCUCCGUAGGCUAAACAGAGAACAUCCUGAUAGGACUAUCUUAAAGAGCCUCUUCCGCUCAGGUUCAAUCUCUGAAACUACCAUCUGUAAUAUUUGUCUACGUCAAACCAACCAGCCACAGUGCAACUACACUGACCUCCGUACUGGUGACCCGUGGUUCUGCUAUAAGCCAAAGGAACUGAGCUGUGAUACCAGGAUGUACCACAUAAACGGAGGAAUGGGUAUAAAACUCAAGGCUAAUGAGGCGAAACUUUUCAAAAGCAAUGUCAACAUGCAAGUCUUCAUUCAGGCUUCAGGACCGGCCAAUGUUACUGUGCUGCCUCAAAGGAAAGAGCAACCCAUGGAUAGUCAAGGCAGUGGGAAGUCUGGACUCUCUGGGUAUUACUACCAGGGUGUGUGGCGAUCACUAGGUGGCACCAAAGUCCACCAAUUCAACAACUCCUCUGCCAUCAGUCAGUGUCUGAAAGGAAAGGUGGUCCACCUGUAUGGAGACUCCACCGUCAGGCAGUGGUUUGAGUACCUUGAUGCUUCACUUCCAGAUGCUAAGGAGAUAAACCGCAAUAAUCCGAAGAAAUCAGGACCUUUCAUGAUAUGGGAUAAUGCAAAAAACAUCUUGGUGAAGUUCCACUUACAUGGUCCUCCUCUUAGUGCUUCCAUCCAUAUCCCAACCAGUGAGAUGCGUUACAUUGCCAAUGAAAUAGAUGAUGUAGUUGGUGGCCCCAACACAGUUAUAAUUUUUGGUAUCUGGGCCCACCUCACUCCUUUCCCAAUGCAAUUCUACAUCAGAAGGCUUUACGGCAUCCGCAGGGCGGUGAUUCGUCUGUUAAACAGGGCUCCAGACACGCUGGUGGUCAUCAGGACUCCAAACCUCAGAGGUGACGCUUGUCCACUCAAGUGAGGCUGUCACAGUUCUGCACAGGCUGAAUAGAGAACAUCCUGAAAGGGUUCUCUUUAAAAGCCUCUUCCGCUCAGGUUCAAUCUCUGAAACUGCCUCCUGUAACGUUUGCCUACGUCAAACCAACCAGCCACAGUGCAACUACACU